CUUAUUAUUAUGAAUUAAUAAUUCAAAUGGCUCAAAUAGAGACCAACAAAAGGAUUGGCUUUUCCAACUUCAAGAGAGGGUGCAUCACUUACUUAUAUACCUAAAUAUUAAAGUGUAGUUUUGUUUGGAGGUAUUUGUAAUGGAAGAUUAAACGAAAUAAUGAUAUUUGAUAUUCAAAAAGAUGAAUGGAAAGUCUAAUAAACUUAAGGUAGACAACCUUCACCAAGAUGUUAUCAUACAGGUUUUUAUGAUGGUAAAAACUAUUAUUUUAUAUUAGAAACUUAGAAUGUUAUAUACUAUUAUGGUGGAUAAGCAGAUAAAGGUAGAUCUUUAACUGAUUUUUAUUGCUUAAGUUUUCAAAGUUUUAUAUGGAAAAGAUUAUUUUUAUUGGAAAGCCCUCCAAAUAGACAUAAUCAUACAAUGUGUGAUUUACCUGGAAUGGAAAAAAUCAUUUUCGGAGGAGCAUGUUUACCUGAAGAUCUAAUGUAUAAUGAUGUUUGGAUAUUUAAUUAUUCUGCUAUCUAAUUUACAAAUUAAUAAGAAAUUCCAGGUGCAGUAGCAACUAAAAAAAAUUGUAAAGGAGAACAUCCUUCACCAAGGUAAGGACAUGGAGCUGUAGUCUAUCAAAACAAUCUAUUUGUUUUUGGUGGAAAAUGUUAAGAUGAAACUACAUAACUAUAUAAAUUAUCUUUAGAAAAUUAUUAAUGGAAAAGAAUAUUGCAUUUAGGAAAAGCACCAGGUACAAGAGCUUUCUUUUCUACUAGUUUGAUUAAAGACAAUGUUAUAAUUUUUGGUGGAAUUGAUAAUGUUGCUAAUAAGGUUUUAAAUGAAACUUUUUUAUUAAACUUAACUGAUUAUCAUUGGAGUUCUCCUUUUACUGCUGGACCUAUUCCUUCUCCUAGAUAUUCACAUUGUAGUUGUCAAAUAGAAGAUAUAAUUUUAAUUAUGGGUGGUAUUGAAUAAACUUAUUGUUCUAUGGAUAUGUAUUUUUUAUCUUAAGGUGCUAUUAAUUCUAAUGCUGAAUGGGAAUAAUUAAAAGAACCUACUGAUUUAGAAAAGUAAACUAAUGAUGCAGCUAAUUAAAUUAUCAUGGAAGGCAAAAUGUAUCUAAAUUAAAUAGAAGAAGCUAUGAUGAAAGAAAGAUAAAAAAUAUCAGAACUUUAAAAAGAAGUUUAAAAUCUAUCAGAAGAAGCAGAUAAUUUAGAUUUAUAUAUUAAAAAGUAAACUACCAUUGUUAUGGCUGAACAUCAAAAAGCUUAAUAAAAUAAUAAAAAUAAAGAAAUAGCUAUUGAAACUAUAUUUUUAAUGAUUAAACAAGAAUAAACACUAACUAAAUAAUUAAAUUAUAAAUGCCAAUAAUUAGAGGAAUGUAUUUAAAAUUCAUAUCCACUUUUACAUACUCUUGAUUAAUUUUAUUAAUCUAUUAGAUAAAGUAUAAUAAAAUUCUAUAUUUUUAGUUUAAGGUUCAGAUCCUGCUGAUCUUAAAGUCAAAAAAAUGGCUGAUUAAUUUGCUAAUGAUAUUUAAAAAGCAAAAGAAGCUUAACUUGAAUCACUUAGCAAUAUUUAUUCUAAUUAUUAAAAAUUUACAGCAUUAUCAAAUAGAAAUGAAGUUGAAUUAAAUUAAUGGCGUGAUAAUGUUAAAGAUAUGAACAAUGAUUUUGAAUAAUUAAUAUUUGAAACUGAACAUGAUUGA